CAACAACAGUCAGCAGCAACAGCUGAUAUGUUGAUAACAGGAGAGUUUAAAAGGAUUACAGAGAGGAUGGUAUCAUAGCUGCAGCUGUAACGUUACGUCGUCUGUGGGAAGUUUGGCACCGAGCAGAGUUAGUUUGUGUUCUGAGUUUAGAAAAUGAGCAUAAAUGAUAAUGGAAACACACAUUUAUAUAGUGAAUGCGCCGCCGGGGACACUGAAAGCAACGAAACUACGCCUUUAUUAACAAAUGGAUUGGCUCAGACCAGAGCCAAAGGAGCCUCCAUGGCCUCCUCUGUGUUUAACCUGAUGAAUGCAAUCAUGGGCAGCGGUAUUCUGGGUCUAGCUUAUGCUAUGGCUAGCACUGGAAUAGUUGGUUUUUGUAUCCUGUUGGUAGUAGUGUCCAGCCUGGCAGCGUACUCUAUACAUCUCCUUCUGAAGCUAUGUGACCAAACAGGCAUCAAUUCGUAUGAAGAGCUUGGAGAGAGAGCCUUGCAAAAACCAGGAAAGGUUCUGGUUGGAAUUGCUAUUAUUAUCCAAAACAUUGGCGCCAUGUCAUCCUAUUUGUUCAUCUUGAAGUCGGAGCUUCCUGCAGCCAUCAACAGCCUCUUGAGUUCAGCCAGCACAGGAAAUACCUGGUAUGAAGAUGGCCGUCUGCUACUGGUCCUAGUCACACUUUGUGUUAUUCUACCUCUGUCAAUAUUGCCUAAAAUUGGCUUCCUGGGAUACACAAGUAGUCUUGCGUUUUUCUUCAUGCUGUACUUUGCAGUUGUGGUUAUGGUCAAGAAAUGGUCCAUCCCCUGCCCGCUGCCUCACAAUGUGACUACACUUUCAGGUGCCUUCCAGAUUUCAAAUUCCUCUGACUCAGAAUGUACGCCCAAACUCUUUAUCAUCUCCUGUAAGAGUGCCUAUGCCAUCCCCACCAUGGCCUUCUCUUUUCUGUGCCACACGGUUGUCCUGCCAGUCUACGCUGAACUUGACCGACCUACUAAGAGCAAGAUGCAGAUCGUUACAAAUGUCAGUAUCAGCCUCAGCUUCCUGGUUUACCUCAUUGUUGCGGUGUUUGGCUACCUCACCUUCUACGCACAUGUGUCCUCUGAGCUGUUGCAUGGCUACGAUGUGUAUAUGCCUCGGGACGUCAUGGUGAUGACUGUUCGAUUGAUCAUCCUGCUCUCUGUGUUGUUGACUGUACCUCUUGUUCACUUCCCUGCCCGUAAGGCUGCGAUCUUGCUGAUGUGUGGAACACAGCCCUUCUCCUGGCUGAUCCACACCACUACAACUCUAAUCAUCCUGGGUGUGGUGCUGCUGAUGGCCAUCUUUAUUCCUGAUAUAAGUAAUGUGUUUGGAAUCGUGGGAUCGACAACAUCCAGCUGCCUGUUGUUUGUUUUUCCCGGCAUUUUCUACCUCAAGAUCAGCAGCCAACCUUUCCGAUCUUUUGACUCCGUUGGGGCUACCCUUCUGAUGGUCUUUGGAUUGAUUAUGGGACUCCUCAGCUUCUCUAUCAUUGUCAUCACAUGGGCACAGAGCUCAUAACCCCAUCUGCCCCCCCUUCCCAGAAUUAGGAACAAGAGCAAAGAAAGGGAAAAGCGUGCCAAAGAAACUGAAUACGUGAGGAAACAGAGAUGCCAAUCUGCAUCACCUCAGGCAGAGUAUUUAUGGUAAAGUUGUUCUCAACACUAGGUUAGUGGGUUUUUUUUUUUUUUUUUUUUUUUUGGUGCUUUCUAACGCACAAACAUAGACCAAACUCAAACUGCACCCUGACUUUUAGACUAUACCCAAUUCAUGGCAAUCAUUGUUCUUUUAAUCUGCCUGGAACAAAAGAUUGGCGAGGUUUACUUCGUCAGAUUAAUUUUUAUAUUUUUUUUUUUCAUUUUUCUGACAGCAUUUGUAUCGUUCUUUUUGGAUGAUCGUGAACCUAAUGUAAACCAAUCUUUUGGUAUUUGAAAAUGCUGUUGACCACAUCUGAACUUAAAAAGUGUCAGGUUUACCACUUUCUCAAAAAAAAAAUUAUGACACAUUGUUGUUUGUAUCAUUUAAUCCAUGAUUUGCCACAUACAAUCUACAUAAUGUAUAUACAGUAUUACCACAUACAGUCCAAACUUCAGCGUUACUGCUGCUGCUUGUUUUCUUUCGCUGUAAUGAAUGUGACAAAAACUGAGCAGUUGUCACAGUUUUUUGAACUGAUCAGUUUUUGUUUGGGCCAAUUAAUUACAAUGUUACUCCAUGUCUUUAUAAUGUAAACAUAAUACAAUGUUAUUCUUUAAAUGACUGCCAUUAAGUAAAAGGGAAAUUGUAUUGUACUGACAUGUCACUUUGCUCAUUAAACCACUAAAAUGUC